UCGCGGGGAGGGAGGAGGCCGCCGGCCGCGCGCCGCGACGCAGGCCGGUGUAGGUGACGGUGCUCGCGCCCGGAGAAGCGUCAGACGAGCCGCACUGGACGGCACGACGCGCCCCGGCGGCGGCGAUGGCGCGGUGAGCGAGGACGGCGGCUACCAGUGUCAGCGCCUGCGCACGCCCAGGAUGUCGCUGCUCGGCAAGCCGCUGCACUUCAAAACCCAGCGCCACCGCGACCACCGCUACCGGCGCGUGCAGGGCAAAAUCUACAACUUCUUGGAGCGGCCGCGCGGCCGAAGCGCAGCCGUCUACCACGUGCUCGUGUUUCUGAUGGUGUUCGGCUGCCUGACGCUGAGCGUUCUCUCCACAAUACGGGAGUACGAGUAUGACGCCGGCAUCAUUCUCUUCUACUGCGAGUCGGUGGUGGUCGUGUGGUUCAUCAUGGAGUUUGUGCUAAGGCUGUGGUCGUCCGGCUGCCGGUCGCGGUACCAGGGCUGGUGGGGUCGGCUCAAGUUCAUCCAGCGUCCGUUCUGCAUCAUAGACAUGGUGACCAUCCUAGCGUCACUGGUCGUGCUGGGGCUGGGCUCUGGCGUGCUGGGCCUCGUCACUGGUGGCCAGGUGUUCGCCGCCUCGGCACUGCGCGUGCUGCGCUUCUUCCAGAUCCUGCGCAUGGUGCGCAUGGACCGACGAGGCGGCACGUGGAAGCUGCUCGGGUCCGUCGUGUACGCCCACAGGCAGGAACUCAUCACGACAUUAUACAUCGGGUUUUUAGGUCUCAUCAUCGCCUCAUUUCUUGUUUAUCUAGCUGAGAAGGACUCGAAUGGGGAGCAGUUCUCGUCAUACGCUGACGCGUUGUGGUGGGGCGUAGUGACGCUCUGCACAGUCGGCUACGGCGAUAUUGUCCCCAUCACGUGGAAGGGCAAGCUCAUCGCGUCUGCAUGUGCCUUACUAGGAAUAUCGUUCUUCGCGCUGCCAGCG